AUGACUGAUACAACAAAUGAUGUGGAUAAAAAUUAUGAAAGUGAUGAAUAUUCAGAUGAAAAUAGUGUAAAAUCAAUAAAUUCCUCUAUACCAAUUGUUCAAGAUGAUGAAGAAAAUCUUCGUCGAACUUCAAGUAGUCUUAAUAAUUAUACGAUCUUACCACCAAUUAAAUCAAUAACAAAUGAUGAUAAUUCAGAACAACAAUACUUUAUUAAAAAUUUACAAGAAAAAUAUCAACAACAAAAUCAUAAAAAUGACACACCCGAGUUUGGAAAUGAUCCUAAAUUGGAGGAUGCUUAUUUAAAAAUGAAACGACUUGAUAAAGCACUUGAAGAAGCAUUUGAAAAAGAAAAACAAGUCAAAAUGGAAACAAUGUCUUUAAUGAAAAAAUUACGUAAUGAAAUGCAAUCAAUGGCCUUAGCUGUCAAUGUUGAUUCACAUGAUUCAUCACAUACUCAAUUAAAUCUAAAACGAUUUUUAGCUCUUGAUGAUGAAAUUUUAAAACUCGAUGGUUCAAUUAUUGAAGAUGAAAAUCCAACUGAAUCAAUAUUUAAAACUCAAUUAAGUGAUCCACUUGGAGAUUCUCAUAAUACAAAUAAAAAUAAUAAAGAAUUUGUAAAUAGUAAUACAAGAACAAAUUCAUCAAAUAAAAAGAAAAAAUCUAGUAUAUCAUCAAAUUCAACAAUGAAUUCUAAAGAUAAAUUAAAAAAGAAUAAAAUACCAGAAAAAGAUUUUAUUAAACGUAAUAUACAAUUAGCAAAAGAAUUAGGUGGUACAUGGGCAUUAACAGAUGAUGAAAGACAACGUUUAAAUCAAUUAUUAAAUGAAGAUGAUCAAGAAAAUAUAAUUGCAUUAACAAAUCAACACUAUAAUGGUUAUAUACCAUCAAUGAAUGAUACACAACGUUUGAAAGAAAUUGAUGAUUUACUUGAAAAAGAAUAUUAUAAUCCAUUACUUAAUCAUCAAUUACGACGAAAUAUUGAUAAUGAUAUUGAUUAUAGUAAUAUUCAACAAAUAACAAAUGAAGAAAAUGAUCAAUUAGAAAAUCCAUUUGGUGAACAAAUAUUAAAAGAAACACGUUUACAACGUGAACAUAUGCAUAGAUUAAAAAAAAUUGAUGAACAACUUGAACAUUUACAUCGACCAAUGACAGAAGAAAAAAUUGAAGCAAUCUUAUCUGAUGAACAAUUAAAUGAAUUACUUGGACAAUGUGCAGUUGAUGAAAUGAAACAACGUUUUUCAUUUCUUAAUCAUGAUCAACAAGAAAUUGAUUUUAAUGAUUUAUCAAAUUAUGCAUUAACACAUUAUGUAGAAAAUAAUCAAGGACCAUUAAUUACAGAUGAAAUGAUUCAAUUAUUAAUUAAUGAAGCUCAACAAGAAGGUAUAACAAUGCGUAAACUUGAUGAUGAAUAUGAGGAUGAUAUUGAUUCAUUACAACAACAGCAAGUUGAUUCAUUAGUACUGGCACCUGCUAUUGAUCGACCUCUUUCAUCAACAUCUACUGCUUCUCAUGUUGAUCUAUAUAAUCAAUCGUCGUAA